UCAACAACACAAAAACGACAUCCAAAUUCCAACCAAACCGGAAGCCAUUCUCUCCUUUCCUCCCCAACCUCUAUUCCGGCUCAUAGUGCCAGCCUCGCCGGCGGUGAUGGACCCCACGCCUUCCGGCAACAAGAAGAGGCAUCUUCACAUUCACACUCAUGGAAGCUCAAGAGCUCGUACAACAGGUGGCUGCCUUGACCACAACGUCCUCUGCAUCAUUUUCUCCUUCCUUGACCUCUUCGACCUCGCUCACUGCUCCGUUGUCUGCAAAUCUUGGCAUGUGGUUAUCAACAAGUCUAAGCUGCUUCAAGUCUUUUACAUGAAGCAGCAGAAAUUGGAUGGUUCUACGAGUUUGGAGAAGCCUCUGAAUGUGUAUUUGGAGGAGCUGGCUAUGGAGCGCCAUAAAUUGGCUUUGGCUAAAGGAUCGGUUGUUGUUAAUCAGUGGAGAGGCCAUUCAAUUGGGGCGAAUCAAUGUCGAAUGAAGAGGGGAUUGCUUCUUACUGGUGGAGGUGAUAAGGUUAUGCGUCUGUGGUCAUUAGGAAACUAUAAAUGUUUGGAAGAGUAUUCAACACCAGACUCAACCUCUGUAGUUGACUUUGAUUUUGAUGAAUCUAAGAUUGUUGGAUUACUUGGCACUCGUAUAUGUAUAUGGAGGCGAGAUGGGGCAAGAAGUGUAUUUCCUCCUCGUGAGGGUACCUUUUCCAAGGGUUUAUGCAUGCGAUACUUGGAUCCUGAGGCUGUGGUUGGGUGUGAAGAUGGAACAGUUCGUGUAUUCGAUAUGUACAGUAAGAAAUGCUCUCGGAUAAUUAGGAUGCAUACCGGGCCAGUGACGUGCUUAUGUAUGAGCGACGAUCAACUGGUACUCAGCGGUUCUUCUCUAGGCAAUGUCAGCAUCUCAAGUCUUUCCUCCGAUCAACAGGUUUCCAAGCUAAGAACAAGAGAUUCCACAGACUUGAGGGCUUUGUGUUUCAAUCCACGCUCUCACUUGGUAUUUGCGGGAGUAACUUCUGGAAAUAUGUCUUGUUGGGACAUUAGGACAAUGAGAAUUUUAUGGGAAAAUCGAGUUAGCCCCAACGUUUUGUACUCCUUGCAACACCUAAGAAAUGACUCAUCAACAUUAGUUGUGGGCGGGAUAGACGGUAUACUGCGUGUUCUGAACCAGAACACAGGUGAAGUUGUUUCCAGAAUUGUUUUGGCAGGAAGCAUUUCGAGCUCUCGAGACAAGAAUGGAAUAGUUGUGAGAACAAGAGGAGCAAGGCUUGCAGAAGAUGUUCACAUUGACAGUGUUCCGAAAAUUAUUCGACCUCCCAUAACUUGCUUGGCUGUUGGGAUGAAAAAGGUUGUCACCACACAUAAUACCAAGUUCAUCAGGUUGUGGAAAUUUAGCUAACUUUACAUAGAUAUUAUUCCACAAUUUAGGAAUAGUUGAAUAAUGUAUUUUAUUGGAUUUUCUAGUGUCUACUCAAAACUAGUAUAUUUUUGCUCCAUCAAGAAAGAAACAAGGGAUUUUGGGAGAAGAUUUUCCCAAAUAAUUUAUAGAAUAGAAAAAUAUGUAUGAACAACUACUAUAUUGUGUACCAUAUCCACAGCUCCCUUUGGAUUUUUUUU